CUAGCCCUGUGGAAGGAACGUGUUUUAGGGUUGUGGCUGGUGAAAUACUGUAUUUGUACUUUGUAGCUUACGGACUAGUUUGUCAUGUCAAAGCCAGCGGACAUAUUAACAACGGUUGUUCCGGGUCAGUUUGACGAUGCCGAAAUAUCGGAAGGUGAGAAUGGAAGUGAUGCCUCAGAAGUUAAGGCAGUACCAGCGCUGGAGAAUGAGCUAAGCAGAGUGGGGCUGAGUUCAACAACAGAGGAGUGCAGCGAGGAAGAGGAUGAUGAUGAAGAGGAUGAGGAAGACGAGUGGGACUGGAAUAGUGCUGGGGGAGACCUCACCAAACGUUACACGGCCUUUUGCAUGAACAACCAACAGGCAAACAGACAGAUUCCAAGUAAUAAAUCACUGAAGAUGUCAACUCCAACAGACAAGGCACUGAGAAAAUAUGAACAUAAAAUCAACCUAGAUAAACUCAACUAUGCUGAUUCUGUCAUAAACAAAGUUACAGAAAUGCAGAGACAAAAAGAAGCUGACACGCGCCGCGUUAAGGACAAAUCUGACAGAGCUACAGUUGAACAGGUUUUAGAUCCAAGAACUCGCAUGAUUCUCUUCAAAAUGCUGAGCAGAGGCGUGUUCUCUGAAAUCAAUGGCUGCAUCAGCACAGGCAAGGAGGCUAACGUGUACCACGCCACAACUUCCCAGGGAGACAGCAGAGCCAUAAAGAUCUUCAAAACCUCCAUUUUAUUGUUCAAAGAUCGUGACAAAUAUGUCAGUGGAGAAUUCAGGUUUCGUCACGGCUAUUGUAAAGGUAAUCCUAGAAAAAUGGUGAGGACUUGGGCUGAAAAAGAAAUGCGAAACUUAAUUAGAUUGCAGGUGGCACAGAUACCCAGUCCAGAACCAAUAAUGCUGAGAAGCCAUGUUCUUGUUAUGGGCUUCAUAGGCAAAAAUGAAAUGCCAGCACCUUUGUUGAAGAACGUACAGCUGUCGGAGUCCAAAGCAAGGGAGCUGUACCUGCAAGUCAUCCAGCACAUGAGGAGGAUGUACCAGGAGGCCAGACUUGUCCACGCUGACCUGAGUGAAUUCAACAUGCUGUACCAUAACGGAGAUGCUUACAUUAUCGACGUGUCUCAGUCUGUGGAACACGAUCACCCGCAUGCCUUGGAGUUCCUUCGGAAGGACUGCACCAAUAUUAAUGAGUUUUUCUUGAAACGGGGUGUUGCCGUGAUGACUGUACGAGAGCUCUUUGAGUUUGUCACGGACCCUUCCAUCACCAGCGCCAACAUUGAUGAUUAUUUGGAAAAAGCGAUGGAGAUAGCUUCUGAAAGAACAUCGGAGGAAAGAUCCAACCAGGACAGAGUUGAUGAAGAGGUUUUUAAAAAAGCCUACAUUCCUCGAACACUCAAUGACGUCAGCAACUAUGAGAGAGAUGUGGAUAACAUGCUGAAGAUGAAGGAAGAGGACAUCUCUCUCAAUGUCCAGAAUGACAAUAUCUUAUAUCAGACAGUGACAGGAUUGAAGAAGGAUUUAUCUGGAGUACAGAAGGUCCCUGCUCUCUUGGAAAGCACAGAACCCCAGCAGAGUAGCUCUGACUCUGAGGAUGAUGGAAGUGAAGAUUCUGGAUCCGAGGAAGAGAGUCAUCCUAAAGAUCACGAGCAGCAGCCUCCUUUAGACAAGAAGGAAAGGAAGAAAAUGGCGAAGGACGCUCAGAGACAGAAGAGGAAGAACAAGGUCCCAAAGCAUGUCAAGAAACGGAAAGAGAAGGUGGCCAAGAUGAAGAAGGGGAGAUAGAAGAAUCAACCACGAUACAGCUGGGUGCUGGUGCAUUGGAUUAGCAUUCAGGUCACAGAGGGGGAAUAGUAACACCUUACAUUCCAAGACAACUGCUUGUUUUUCCUCCUUCUCCAUUUAUAGCAUUAGAAAGUUGCUAUUAUGGAUCUAAAUCCACAGGUAUUUAUACAGCCUUUUGAUGUGCUUGUUUUUUUUACUCUCUCUGUCACAGAAGGAUACCGUGUGCAAUGCGGUACUUUCCCAAAUCCUGAGACAUGAGAACCUAAAAGAUAAUGAGAUCUUGAAGGAGUGUACAGUCUUUUCAGAAGACAGUUUGAAGUGUUGUUCGGGAAUCGUGUGGCUGCUCACUAGGGCCUGCCUUGGGCCUAUGGGGAUGUUUUUAUCCUUUGCAGGAUCCAUUGUUCUUCAAGGAGAAAUUGAGCAUUUAAUCAAUACACAUCCUGCUGCAUCUGAAUGCUUUGUCAGCAGUACUUCCCAAAUAAUCUCAGUGAUAGAGUGUAAGCAAAACAGGGCCUUUUUCUCAUGUGCUAUCAAACACCUUAAAAAAACAGACACUGGGAUCUUUUCACUAUGCUCUUUUGUAGUUUUUUAUUUGAUUUUUUUCCCCCAACUUAGAAAAUUAAUGGUUUAGAGUUUGUACACAAGGUAUUAUGGGAACGCUCUGUUUGCUACAUAUACUUCAAAUUAAAUACCAGUUCAUUCAGUUCCUUUCAUAUUUAACAAUGAACCACUUUUCAUAUCAAUUCCCAAGCAUAUUAUGCCUCCCUUUGGGGUAAAAAGCGUAAUGGUUUAAUAACUUUAUAUUCUUGAAAUUUGCAGUAACUUGAUAUAAUCCGCUUCUCCGAUUUCUGGCCCUGUUAUCACUAUUAAAAUGAGUUAGUUGUGAAUUCCUUUUGUAGUUAUUCAAGAGUUGCCCUAAAUUAUCACAUGCUGCAUGCUUCAUGCAUCAUAAUGAUGUGAAAAAAGCAGCUGUAUAUCACAAAAGUUGCUAAUAUGUUCUGACCCCUUCAUUUUUAAACAUGGAACAUGGAAAAUACCUGGUUAUUUUGGGAUGUGAGAUUUUUUGCUUCUAAAUUUGGACCUUAAUUGCUCCAAACUGGCAUUUCUUGGCUCAGAAAUGUCCUGGUUGUAAAACAUUAUUGUGUGGUUUAGAGAAAUCAUGGACAGCAUUUUUUUCUGAUACAUUUUGUUAUUGCUUAAAAUAAAAAAGCAUAUUUAAAUGAAUUCCCAGGUAAGCCUGAAGUGGACCUAGCAGUAGGAACUGAUGAAGUUGUAAGGCUGUUAUGUUCUACUAUUCAAUAUAAGAGUCCAGAAACAUUAAAAUAUGUAUUUAAUAAAUAAUCUCAAUGAUAGAUUUUUAAAAUGAUUUAAUGUUUCAUUACCUUCAGAAUUUGUCAUAAUUAAUUUUGGAAUACCUUUUUGAAACCUAAAUACCACUUUCAAAGUAUAAUAAUACAGUUUUAAUCUAACAUUAUCGAAUAGAGAAAAAUUAUAUGAACUCCUUCAUUAACUACUCUCUCCUAACUCAUCAUGAUUUUUCUGAAUAAAGUAAUCUUAUUCUGAAUUAUUAAUACACCUCAUUUUGAAUUGUUAAUAAAUCUCAUUCUGAAAUGGUACGAAUCUCAGUUAAUGUGCUAAGUUAUCAUGAGGACCCUCCAGUUAAGAAAAUAAUAAAAAAUUGAUGUACUGUCA